AUGGAGCUGCACAUUUUGGGUGAUGAAAGAUUUCCACAAGGACCAGCUGUUCUGCUUGUCAAGCAGGAAUUUUUCAGAAAAUGUCAGCUGCCAAAUGUAGUUGGGGCAGUCGACGGGACCCUUGUUCCCAUUAUCAAACCUGCUGAGGCUGAAGAGGCCUAUGUGUGCAGGAAGGGGUUCCAUGCCAUUAAUGUACAGGCUGUCGUUGACGCCAACAUGAGGUUCACAGAUGUCGUGUCAAGAUGGCCUGGUGCGACACAUGAUGCUUCGGUGUUUGAUAGCAGUGGCGUAAAGGAAUAUCUGAGCACCAAUGAUGUGGGUCAUCUGCUAGGGGAUAGCGGAUAUCCAUUAAGGACCUACCUCAUGACCCCUGUACCUCAUCCCUCCAAUGAUGGUGAGCAAGCCUACAACGACCAUUUAUGUAGAGGACGGAUAGUCUUAGAACGAGCAUUUGGUGUUUUGAAAUCACGAUUUAGAUGCCUGCAUCGCACUGGUGGAUGCUUGCCUUUCCAGCCUAAUAAGUGCUGCGAAAUUGCAACAGUUUGCAUGCGCCUGCACAACCUGUGCUUGGAAUUAAACGUCCCACUGAUAGAAGAAGAAGUUGGGGACGAGAUUGAGCAGGAGGUUCCAAACAAUGCACCAGUGCAGGGAGCAGCAGUCAACAAGAGGCAGCAGCUGAUUGAACUGUUUCGUUAAAUGUUAGUUCUUUUAUGCCCCCCCCCCCCCUUCGAAGAAGAAGGGAUAUAUUGUGACUCGCUCUGAGACAUAGACAAAACAAGUCUUAAAAAUGUGUGUUAAUUAACAUCUGAUAAAGACAAAACAAGUCUUAAAAAUGUGUGUUUAUUAACAUCUGAUAAAGACAAAACAAGUCUUAAAAAUGUGUGUUCAUUUACAUCUGGUAAAGACAAAACAAGUCUUAAAAAUGUGUGUUCAUUUAAAUCUGAUAAAGACAAAACAAGUCUUAAAAAUGUGUGUUCAUUUAAAGCUGAUAAAGACAAAACAAGUCUAUAAAAUAUGUGCUGAAUGAUUUCUCUGAGAAAAAGGGUUAAAUGCAUAUGCGUCAAGUGUCGUUCAAGAU